AUGUGGCCAAGUGAGGACGACCGGCGAUUCUAUUGCCCCGUUGAGCAGUGCGGCCGCGGGUUCAAUCGCAAGUACACGCUCACCGAGCACAUGAAGACGCACACAGGGGACAAACCUCACGUCUGUCGAGCCCCCGAGUGUGGUAGGAGAUUCGCCACGUCAAGCAACCUCGCGCGGCAUAUGCGUCUGCACGGCCCGCUGCCGCUGAUUAAGUGUCCGCGCGACGGCUGCUCGCGCUCCUUCUUGAGCGACGUGCAGCUAGCCAAGCACCUGAAGCAGCACGACGCGCCGCGAACGCACCCCUGCAAAGUGGCGGGAUGCAACAAAGUAUUCACCACCACAGGCAACUUGAACCGGCAUCUCAAGAAGCACUUGACGGGCGCCAAGCGCGAGCAGCUCGCGCGCUCGUCGCUCGCGAGUUGGGGCGUCCCUCGGAGGUUGAGCCCCACGGGAGUGGAGCAGGAUUACUCGGCAGGUGUGAGCGCUGAUGUUAUGAUGGACGUGACCCCUGCCCCGAUUGACAGGCCGUGUGACGAGCCCUGGAGCCCCGAGACGCUUGAAAUUCUGGGGCACAUGUUGCUGAGUUGA